AUGAGUCUAGAGACCUCUACUCAGGUACAGAUCCUAGACAAUGUCUCUGCUGGCUAUCACAGCUCCAUACAUUUGCUGCUUAAGGGAGUUGGUGUUAGGGGUGAAAAUUCUACGGAUGGCAGCAUGCUUUGUUCCAACUGCAACUUUACAGAUACCGCCACCAGACAAAUCUACGCAUCGAAGAAAAACCAAACGGUGCUACAUUCAUCGAUAAUGUUUGCUUCUGGACUUCUUGGAAACUUCUUGGCAUUACUGGUGUUGGCCCGUUCUCCGGCAUCUCAGCGGAAGACGAUAUUUUACCGUCUGGUAGCGGGGCUUGUGAUCACGGAUUUGACAGGCACAGCGACCACUUCCCCCGUGGUUAUUGCAGUAUAUAUGAAUAAUUUCAAAUGGAUAGGUGGAGACGCUCUGUGCCAGUAUUUCGCUUUCAUGAUGGAAUUUGCCGGAGCGACUACCGUUUUCAUCAUUUGUGCAAUGUCUCUGGAACGUUACGUUUGUAUUCGUCACCCAUAUUUCUACCACACACGACUCACCCCCGGGCACGCGCUAACCCUGCUGUUGGUUGCCUGGGUGGCAGGACUUGUGCUGGCGGGUUUGCCAUUGGUCGGAUUAGGGAGAAAUAUCUUAAAAUACCCCAAAACCUGGUGCUUUUUUGAUUACUACAGUUCGCGAGUUGAGGACCGAAUUUACUGCUACGUGUUUGGUAUAUUCGGGGUCCUGUCCAUUGUGAUCACAUUUAUCUUUAAUGCCAUUGUCAUGUACACUCUGACUCGAGUCGGUUGUAAGCAUAAGCUGCUUACCAAACAGACACUGGCUCUUAGGGUGUCCAGUCGUAGGAGCCGCUAUGCUGAGAUAGAAAUGCUGGUUCUUCUCACUGUCUUCACUCUUACCUUUGGAAUCUGUUGGGCUCCAUUGGUGGCACGUAUUAUAAUUAACCAGACAGGAGCCUUUGCAAAAGAUGAGAGGAUUGAUUUGCUCAUGAUUCGCCUUGCCUCGAUCAACCAGAUCUUAGAUCCAUGGGUAUAUAUUCUCUUAAAAAAGGAGCUAUUGUGGCGGAUUAUAUCCCUUGUCAAGACGCUCUUCUGCAGAAAGUCCGAAAAACUUCACACAUAUGAUCACGUACCUGGAGCGAUCCGACGAGAACCCGAGGCCCACCGCUACGGAGAGGAUAUCUCGUGUCUAGCAACUUGUCGGGGAUGCUUGUGUGAUCCUCCAGGAGGCGCUGGCACGUACAGAAACUUCUCACCUUCCCAAACUAGAAGGAAUCAGGUGUGUCAUUCAAAAGAUUCUUUGAACAUUGAAAUGACACCCACCCGUGCGAAGCAAAGGGCGAACGGUAACGUGACAGAAAUUGCCGACAUUAACCAAUUAACAUCCCCUGGAAGCUAUGUUUGACCUUUCUGCUGCCUUUCUCCUUGUGCAAUAUUUAUUUCGGCACACUGAAAGUAAAGAUUUUGUUUAUCUCUGUCUAUACCUUCAGACUAACUUUCAUAUUUACUAUUUGCCGUUUUACUUAUGACUGAUCAUAGACGGUCCAUUAGAGACCUGCGUUAAUUCUGUUAUAUUCUUUCCUAUAGUCUUUCUUGGCGUACAGUGGCAUACGUGUGCAAGGUUUUGGCGUUCUUAGAUCUUUUGGUCAUUUCAAAUUAUUUUACGGUGCUCCAAAGGACGACUAAAACCCUUUUCCAAGAGGAUAUCGCGCUCGAACUCAUCCCCAACGAAAUUUGUUGCUUCGUGAAGUUAAUUAACGAAUUGCAAUGGUUAUGUAAGGUUCUAAAUUGGCUUGGUUUCCUCCAGUAACAAACAUGACUGCCUGAUAACUGAACUGAACUUGCAAAAAAUUAAAGUAAUAAAACAAAUCAGUGAAUAGGCCUAAUGGGAUAUUGUUUUGUGUGGGACUGUUUUCACUCUACCGUACUGUAUCUAGGAAGUCACUACUCUCUUACAUUUAGACUAAUGUCAACCAGAGAUGCUUUCGUUCUGUUUUCCCAAGUGACCUUUUGCAGAGAACGCCAAGUGCAUGAACAACAUUAAGUGGUUGUGUGAUGGAUCCGCCGCCUUAAUAUAGUAUACAUCUGCACAACAGUGCAUGGGUUCUGAAUCGUAAUACUGUACAAGGCAUGUACAUUCUUUUCGGCUGUUAAAAUUAUUUUUUGUACAAAUCUGUACGGUACAAAUUAAGAUUUGUGCAAAAAGAAAACUUCCACGGAGAAGCAAUGAAUUAUUGCGACUUUAGGUCACAUUGGCAGUGUUUCGGAUACAUAGUAAAUAAUACUGCUUGAUUCGUUAUGAAUGUAAGCUCAAAAAUAAUUUGUUAAUUUUAACAGAAAGUCUUUUGUCUGAGAGACGCUAGGACAUAUUCUGUUAUUUCUGUGUCAAAUUGUGCCAUAGAUUCCUCAUAUUAUCCUGUUAGUCUAUAAUACAAUCUUUAUGUUGGAUUAACAGA